UUUGACGUCUUCUGCGAUACGUUGAAAGUAAACACCUAAUUCAGUCUCCACCGUGAAUAACCUAUGAAUUGAGUAUAGGCGUUGAUUUAUUACCUAUGUUUUGGUGCCUUGUGACAUUUUCAUCAACCCCCUUUGGAGUUAGGUUGUAUGGAAAUCGUACUUUAUAAAUAACUAAUGGCGUCAUGUAACCCUACAUAUGAAAACUUUCCAUAGCUUUCUGAAAUGUAGCACCCUUUUCAUUAUUUUAAUGACUUUUGUUUUCGAUUUUAUCUAGUAGCUUUAUUAAUGUUAAAGAUUCACUCAACUUUUGGUCUUUAAGUUCGAGAGUGUAAGCAUUACUGAUGUUCUGUGGAACGUGGAGUCAUUGAUCAAUUUCUUUAUCUAAACUGGACCUGUUCUUCAUAUUUCUUUUCCUGUUAUGGCCAAAUUCUAUUAAACAGUCUUCAUGUUGCGUUGGCCAAAUAAUCAGGGUGUCAUGGGGGACGAUCCACCUUACUUGGUUGUUGGCACAGAAGUAAGUGCCAAGUAUAAAGGUGCCUUCUGUGAAGCAAAAGUCCGAAAAGUUGUGAGAAGUGUCAAGUGCAAGGUCAAUUUUAAAGUUGGAGGGUCUGCUAUAGUAACAGAUGAUCAAAUCCGUGGAACAUUGAGGGUUGGUUCUGUUGUUGAAGCUAAGCACCCUGACAGAAAAGAGUUUGUUGAAGCAUGCAUCACUAAAAUUCAGGAUUGUAGUCAAUAUACUGUUGUGUUUGAUGAUGGUGAUAUAACCACAUUAAGAAGAACGGCCUUGUGCUUAAAAAGUGGAAGGCAUUUUGCUGAAAGUGAAACUUUGGACCAACUACCUCUAACUCACCCUGAGCAUUUUGGUAAUCCAGUUGUUGGGAGCAGAAGAGGCGGGAGAAGAAGCAGAAAUCCAAUGAGUGAUGAAAGUAGUGAAGAGGAGGAAGAACCAAGGAAAGGGAAAUCUAAAGAAGAAAAAGAGGCAGAUAUAGGCAAAGUUGUGUGUGUUGAACUUGGAGACAAGAAAAAGCAGAAAGAUAACUGGUUUCCUGGUCUAGUUGUUCACCCUGCUGCUCAAGAGGUUGUCCGCAUCAGAGUUAAAGAUGAAUAUUUAGUGCGAUCUUUUAAAGAUGGAAGAUACUUUACCGUUCCAAAAAAAGAAGCUAGUGAAUUUACCAGAGAAGUUGGUUUAAAAGUUGACAACAAUACUUUGAAAACAGCUGUGGACAAAGCAUUGCAAUACUUGGAUAAGGAUGAGCUUCCUCCUCAUUGGGACCGGGAAUUGCUGUUUGGUUUGGAUGAAGCCUCAACAGCUUCUGAUAGUGAUGCAGCAUUUGAUUCUGACAGUUCAGAUGAUGAGCCAAGAGAAGAAAAAGAUCAUUUUGUGGCUCAGCUGUAUAAGUUUAUGGAUGAUAGUGGAACUCCUAUUAAUCGUGGGCCAGCAAUAUCUGGCAAAGAUAUUGAUCUCUACAAAUUAUUUAAGGUUGUGCACAAGGCUGGAGGCUGUAAUCGAGUGACUAAUCACAAUCAAUGGAAGAUGGUUUCGCACAAAUUGGGUUUUGGUCAAUUUUCCAACACUGCAAACCUGGUUAAAGGUGCUUAUAAGAAGUACCUUCAGAGUUUUGAAGAAUUCUACAGAAAAUUAGGAUGCACAAUGGUGAAUCAUCCACGUGGGAAUAAAGUUCGUCAUAGAGGGGGAAGAAGCCUUAUUCGAGAUAAAGAUCGGUCUACUCCAGUCAAUGUCCCUCAGAGUGAUAACAAGGAUAAAGGCUCUGAUACUGUAGAUGAUGAUGAUGAACCAUCAGAAAAGAGUGAAGAGGGUAUUGAACUGAGUGCUGAUGAAAAGGAUGAAGACAUUUUGAAACGGAAAGAAGGCAGGGAUGUUGAGGUUGUUACCAAACUGCCUCUUGGCCCUCCACCACUAGAGCGCAAACCAUCGGAUCCUCAACUUAAGGUAAAUACCCCAAGAGGUAAACCCAAGAGAUUGACAGAUACCCCAGGAAAUAAAUCUGGUAUAGAUGUCAAGAAGAAAAUCGUUGUGCCAAAGGUAAAAAGAGUUUUGGACGAUGAUGAAGAGGAGGAAUCUGACAUGCUAGAUGUUGAGGACCUUGAUGAGGAUGAUGAAGAUAAGCUUACAACUACCAGAUCCAAGUCUAAAGAGGAAUUCUCCAAACCCAAAAGUGAACAAAAGCCCUGUGCUGAAGUAGAAAAGAAGUCAAGGUCUACUGAAAGUGUGGAGAAAAGAAUCAAACCAUCAUUAACAGCUACAGUUGAAAAGAAAAUUGGUCGACCAUCCCUCUCAACAUCAGAUAAAAAGGGUAAGGCUACACAAGAUGGUGAUCGCAAAACAGUCCGGUCUCUGGCUGCUGAGUUUGAAAAAAAAGGUAAAGGCUUGGAUACCGAUAAAAAGGAUAUGACCACAUCAGAUAGUGAUAAAAAAUCUCGCACCUAUUCAGUGGGUGAGAAUGAAAAAAAAAUAAGACCAUCACUUACAGCAACUCUAGAAAGGAAAAAAUCCAGCAAUGAUACUGAGAAGAAAAAUCGCCAAAGUGGUGCUGAUUCAGAAAAGAAAAUUCGCCCCUCACUCACAGCAGACCCAGAAAGAAAGAAAGUGCGACCUUCACUUACUGCUGAUCCAACUAAAAAAGUGUCUCGCAUAGACAGUGAAAGAAAGAAAGAAAGAAUCUCACGGCCAUCUGAAUUAGAUAGAGAUGAUUCAGACAGGAAAACUAAAGUCCAUGACAGUGACCGUAAGAAUAACACAUCUGAAUCAAGUCGACUGUCUUCUGCUGGAGACAGUGAUAGAAAAUCUUCCAAGUCUGACUCUGGAGAUUCAGAAAAGAGAGGUAACUCUAAAUCCAGAAGAGGAGAUGAAGACAGGCGAAAGCAACAGGUUCGUAAACGUAAAGAUAAUGAAGAUGUAGGUAGUAGCUCUGUUGAUGACAGUCUAGAUUUACUACCAAAUUACAAAAAUGUGUGUAUUGGCGAUAAAUUAAAAGUCUAUUAUGGACCAACUCACGAGUCAAAAGUUACCUAUGAAGCUAAAGUUUUGGAGGUAGAGGGAGAAGGCCAAGAUGAAACAUUUCUUGUUCAUUACACUGGGUGGAAUAACCGAUAUGAUGAGUGGAUCAAACGUUCAAGAAUAGCUGAUAAUCUUAGUUGGUCUCCUGCACGUGGUAAAAGGCGCCAUCAAACACAGCUUGCAAGUGUCAAAAAGUCAUCAACCAAGAAACGCACUUUGACACCUGCUCGAGAUUCUGCAUCCCCUCUUCAGAAGGACCAGUCUUUACCAUCGCUUCCAGGUGUUGAAAAGUCACGUGACUCUCAACCCCCUCGUUCAUCAACACCUUCAUCAGUCACAUCUUCAUCAAGCAGAACGAAAUCACCUGCAAUGAGACCAGGUUCUGCACGUGUGACAAGGAACACUAUUGGGGAUUCAUCCCAUCAGCCAGCAGAACUGAUGACAAGACGGACAAGGACGCGACGGAUCAGUGGUCAAACAGAUAUUCCAUCAGAGUCAGAUAGUGAUGACAGUGAGUCAGAGAGUGAGGCGGAACCUUCAAGUGUGCGGAAAAGCACAAGACGCACUGCAUCUGAAAGAGACGAAGAUUCUUCAAGAAAGGAUAGCUCAUCCAAAAAGAAGCUGAAGAAACGUGAAACUGAUAUUGAGGUUGAUGAUGAAGAAGAUAAGGAAGUUGAGAAAGAUGACUUGAAAGAUGAUGUCAAGGAUGAGGAUGAUGUGUCCAGUGAAUCACCCAGUGAAGGGAAGGUUCCAAUGAAGAGAACAAGAAAAGGAACACGAAGUGCUGUAGACCGUAAAAAUGAGGUGAAAGUAGAGCCUGAGGAAGAUGAAGAAACUCCUCCAAUUCCUUUGAAUAAGGGACGAGACUUUGAUUUAAACCAAAUCCGGUCUGAAUUGAAAGGAAUUGAUAAGGCCGUGAAGACGUCUUGCACAACUGAUGAUGAUAAAGAUCAGGCUGGUUCAGACACUGAGCCUGAUCCUGAUAUUGACCUUGACACAACCAAUCUCCUUGAAGAGAAAGCCUCAACAUUGCUUGAACAAGAAGAAUCAGCUACUGACAUGGAAGAUAUUUAUGAAUUUAAGGAACCAGAACCAUUUGAAUUUGAAGCUCGAACUAAAAGAGAGCCUUCAGUAGAACGUACUGGUAAACUGCAGAAAAGACCGCUGCCUCGGAUUUUUGAUGAUGUGGCUGAACCUGCUGCCAAAAAGAAAGUAACAAAGCCCAAUCCAAGUGAUACAGAAAGCUCUGAAGAUGGAGGAUCCCCCAGCAAGAAGAGGUUCCGUCGUCCUGUUGUUAGUGGUAAAAAGGACGAACCUGAAAUCAAGCUUGAAGCUAAGUCUCCUACUAAUGAAGCAAGCAAUGAUAAAAUAGAACCAGUUACACCUCAGAAAAAAAUAUUCUCUACGUCAUCAGAUGAUGCCUUUGAAAAGUUACGUCAGUCUCCAAGUUAUCGAUUUUCAUCCGGCAGCCCUAUUAGAGUCCCCACUCCAACUCCUUUAUGUUUGUCUCCAGUUCCAGUUCCCUUACAAAGCCCUCCACAAUUGUGUUCUGCUUCUUCAAGUGUUAUAACAACAAGCACCUCUAUCCCUUCUAGCAGACCCCCUGUUCUACCAUCUUCCUCCAUUAUUGCUGUUCACUCAUCAACUGUCACAAAAAUUAUAUCUACAACACAGUCUAAAUCCACAGUAGCUAUUCCAUCUUCCAAGACUCUGGCAGCUCCCAUUCCUACCCAGAAGAUAUUAUUGCCUCAAGAAAGUAAGUCUGUUGCAGGAGUAAAACCUACACCACCAACUUUAAGUGCGUCUGCAUCCCUCUCUCCAUCUCGUCCCCCAGUAUUGGCUGCAGCUGUUAAGAUGCCAUCUGAAGCUGGUGUUAUAACUAAGACAGACGAUUGGCUUAAGAGUAGGCAGCAACCGGAAAAAUCCGAGGCAAGUAAAGAUGAGGAAAACACCAAUAUUAUAAAAACUGAAAGAGAUGACAGCAUACCACCAUUAGUUGCAACAGUACCUCACCUUCCUUUGGCUGGUAGGAUUUCACCAGAGCCUCCUCAGCUCUUGCCUAUGGCUGUCCCAGCAUCCAAGCUAAUUCAAGAACCUGCCAAAACUGAAACAAAGGAUGUACCUAUGCCUCAGAUCAAGAAGGAGAACUUACUUGAAGUUAUUCCUGUUGAUAUUAGCAACCCUCAACCAACAGCGGUUCCAACAAGAUCGAAAACUCCGGAGAUUGAUGAGCAGCUUGACAAUCUGACUGAAGAUGAGUCUCCCAGGAAAGCAGGCCGCAGGAAGACACAGUUAAAACGUAAGAAAGCUGUUAGUAAAGAAUUUGUUGAAGAUUCAGAUUCUGACAGUAGUGAUGAAGAACGAAGAUUAGUUAUUGACAAGUCUGAGUCUAGUGAUUCUUGUAAUGAAGCCAUUGAAACUAAGCCCCAGCCUCCAGUAAGAGAAAAUGAGCUGAAAUGGCCAGGAGUUAUAAAGGUAUGCUUGCCGGGCGAAUCAAAUAUUGAGCAACAGAAAACUGCUUCUCCAAGGAAAGAAGAUAUUACUGUACCAAAGUCAAAGGAUCAGCUCUCUGGAAAUCCAAGUGGAGAUGUAACCAUGGAUGAAUUAUCAUCUGUGAUAAAGAUAGAGGAAACUGAAGAGCUAGAAGUGGAUAAUAAUUUGUGCUCUCUUCUAUGUGAGGAAACUAUUCCUGGUUCCCCUGCACCUCCGUGUGAAGCUCCUGUUGAUGUUCAUUCUGAACCAAAUUCAUCGAUAUCAUCAGAUCGACCACUUGAGAAUACUAAAGCCUCUUGCAAAGUUUUGGAAAUGCCAUUUGCCAGUGUGCCUGGAAAUACUCGCUCCUCAGGGCCAAGUACGUCAACUAAUCCGACUACCACACAGUUUACUAAACCAUCAGUUCUUGGAGAAAAAAUCGAACAUCCUGUAGCUGACCUUGGUCUUCCUAAAGCGGGUCCCUCUGCCCCUGCCAAUGAGGCUGCACCAGUCAUGGAUAACACUCCACCAACCACACCAGAUAGCAGUAUAUCAACAAUCUCAAACUCUCCACGAGGGGAGCAUGGAGAUACACUUUCCAUACUUGAUAAUGAUAGUUCCAAAUCUCAUCGGGAUUCAGAAGACGCGGAGAACAAAGACAAUGAUUUUAGUGAUGAUGAUUUAGAUGUUGGGUCUCGUUUAAAGAGAAUGGCUGCCUUAUCUGAAAAGAAAGACAAUGAUCGAGACAAGAAUCGGUGUGACACUGACUCUGUAAGAAUGAGUCCAGCCUCCAACAAAAAGAGGCGACGCAGCCGCAAGAGUUCUGAAAGUGAAGAUAGAAUUAAAAGACCAAGACACACAGCAAGUCGAUUGCCUAAUCAAGGUGCUGGUAGUGAUAGUGAUGAUGGUCCAGAAAAUCCAGUCACAGUUACACCAACAUCCCAAGGUCGAUCUCAAUCUCCCAGUCAGUCCUCAACUCUUCAGAUUGCCUCUGUUUCUGCACAAAGUGUUAAUUCUCACUCACAGUCAGCAAGAUCACCUCGCCCAUCUAAGUACAACUUCUUUGUUGAAUUAGCUCCAGAACUUGACGCUUCACAACGCAUUGCUCUUUUGCAACAAACUCUUCAAGAUUUACGGAAAACAUACGCUAACGUUAAACAGCAGCUUGCCUGUAUUGAUCGUAGAAGAAAAAAGUUAAGAAGACGUGAAAGAGAAGCACGUCUGGAGGCCCGGAAAAUGAUGCGAGAGGAGCGAAGGCAGGCAAGAGAUGAGGUGGUCAGCUGUUCAUGAAAUUCAGGGAAAUACAGAGGCAGGAAAUGAAUUCGAUGUUAAAAGCAUGGAUGCAUGCAUUAGCAUUAGAGAAAAAUCAUCUAAGCAAGAGGUUGCCUGCUCAUAAAUUUAUUAAAAUUCCUUUUUUCAUUCUUUUUAUGAAGUAAAUAGCGGUACUUUAUUCAUGAGAAGAUUAUUUCACUGUUUACAUUUAGUUGUAGCCUAAGAUGUCAUCUGUAAUCAAUUCAUUUUUUAUUUUUUUUCAUUCUUUUAAAUAUCCAUUGGGUUCUUAUUUGUGGUCUAUCAUCUUUAGUUUGUUUUCCUAACUUGUGUUUAUAUGUACAGCCUCUAUGUAUGUAUGUAUGUAUGUAUGUUACAUGUAUGUAUUUUAUCUGAUAUGAAAGCUCCUGCUUUGUUUUAUAUGGUAUAUAAAUUGUAGUCACUCUUCUAAUUUACGAAUGUGUUUGUAAAUCAACUGAUUAUUCCUCCACUUUCUUUUAGGGCUUACUAUGUACAGUUGCUUAGAAAUUUACUCUUGUAACAAUGUAGAUUGAAGUGAGUGUUUCAAAUAGUCAUUCUCAUUGUGGUGUGCCUCGUCAUGCUUAAAAAUAAGAGAACUUUCGUUUUCAUUCUUCUCUAUUUCGUAAUUGGAAAUAUUUAAUGUGCAUCAGGCUCUCAAGUGAGCACGUUGGCUCUUGAAAAUUGUCCUUUGUAUGUCUGUUGUUGAAGUUAAGUCACAUUAUUCAGUUUAUCCUAGCAUAAUAGCAAGCAACCAGUAGUGAUAGUAGCAGCACCCGCCUACUAUCAUACUUUUUAUUAUUCCUCCUUAUAUUCACAGAUCAAAUAGUCCUAAAUUUAACUACACAUUUCAAAUUCAAGUGCCAUGAGUGAUUGAUCUUAUUUUUUGCCAGCAGAGUACAUCUAAAUGCUUAGCACUUAAGUGGUAUACAUUGAAUGUAAAGACUGAUUCACUCUUGAUCUUAAGGUUGUAUGGCUUCUAUAUUGGGUGUGUGAUUGUCAUGUAAAUGUUAAAUGUUUUUCAUCAGUAAUUUCUUCGUUAUUGACUAUUUGAUAUGUUAUUGUGAUUCCAAAGUGUUACUUAGUGUGGUGCAAUUUUAUGUGAAUUUUCUUUCAUUUUAUUGAUAUUUGAGUUUUGUAGGUAAACAUGCUGAUAUAAUAGGAAUAUUUUGAAAGUUAUGUAUUAUCAAUACAUAAAUAUGAUCAAACGUUUUAAUUUGAACAGUUUUAGUUGUACAUAGAUUUUUAAAGAAAACUUAAAUAAAUAAAUGAAAUUCAAAUGAA